GCCCAGUCGAUUAAGACUUAAACAGCUCCAGUGCGCAGCCAGAGGCAAUGUUCUAGAGAGACUCUCUAUCUCCAAAACAUCACUGUUUCAACUAUAUUCCCGCACUCAGCACCUCACAACCAUCCCCGCAGCCUCGAAAAUGGCGGCCACAACACCACCCUUCCAGAUCCCGCAACAUGUCACGGCUCUCCUGUCGCAUCUGACCUCCCGCCCGGGCGUCCAAUCCACAUUCAUCCUCUCCCGCAAAGACGGCUCCAUCAUCCAAAGCACCGGCCUGAUCGCUUCGAAACCCGCUCCGAACGUCUCUACCCCGAACGGUGCCCCUGCAGCUGAGGAACUGGACCCUGCGCCCUCCGUUGCCUCGCCUACUUCUACGUCUACUUCCUCUGCUACGCCCGCCGGCGCCGGCGCCGCAGAUUCAUCCUCCCCUUCUUCUACGCCCACUAGCCCAGUAGCUCAGAAACAAUCCCAACAACAAACACAGCAGCAGCAGCAAACCCCCACAACACCCUACCAACCAUCCCAGGCCGAGGCCCUCGCCGCACACGUCUUCGCCUUCGUCGCGAGCGCGACGGAUCUCAGUCUCUCGCUGUCGAGGCCCCCUGGGGCGGAAGUUUCGUCUGCCGGGUCUAGAGCGGUUGAGGCCGGCGAUGUGAAUGGCGCGCAGGAGGGGGGUUAUUUAAGUGGGACGGGGGCUGGAGCUAGGGAAGAUGCGGAGGGAGGAGAGGGAUUCGAAAGAGAUGAGGACGACGAGGUCAAGUUGCUACGGAUGCGCACGAAGAAGCAUGAGAUUGUGGUGGUGCCGGAUCGGAAGUAUUUGUUGUGUGUGGUGCAUGAUGCUGCAGGGAGUGCUGGUGGUGGUGCUGCGGUGGGGGGUGUUGGGAGGGGGAGGUGAUUCUGACUUUUGAUUUAGGGUCUAAGGUCUAGGAUCUAGGAUCUAGGAUAUCAUGAUACUAGGUUGGUUGGUUGGGGUGGAAUUGUUGGGAUAGGUCUAAUAAGGGACUGUGGGAUGGAUCCUGGGGGCUGGACUACUGGCAUGAGUGGUGGAAAUGGUGGUUUGAUGGACAUAUGUU